AUGCGAGUCAUUUGCCAGUCUUGGUUUGGUAUUGACUCACCUUGGGUUAUUUCGGAUAAUGAAGAUGCUAUAAUGCCUUUUUACGAAGCCCUCCACAUUGUUGAACGCUCAAUGCUUCCUCAACUGCUGUUACCACUCUGGUUCAUGGAAUAUAACCCCUUACCAAGCCUACGUCGCCUAGGGAAGGCUCAAAGGUGCAUGUUACACCACCUGAGAGCGAUGAUGAGGAGAAGACGAAGCGAGUUGGCUACAGAUGCUAACGGAAAGCAACCCAUUCCAAGAGACGUCCUUGGCGCUUUAGUUGCGGCUCAAGUACAUGAGGAUAUUACCGACCCAACUUUCUCGAAUGCUGGGCUAACUGAAGAGGAAAUCAUUGGUAACAUUUUUAUAUUUGUGGUAGCUGGGCACGAAACAACAUCGAACGCACUCGCGUUCACCUUGGCUUUUCUUGCGAUCUACCCAGAAUGGCAGGAGGAAAUUUACCAAGAAAUCAUUCGUGCCGCUAAUGAAGGUUUGCCUUCCUACCAGGACAUGAACAAACUACCGUUAGUGCUGGCAACGUGUUAUGAGGCUAUACGUUUGAGAGAUAUCGUGAUGAGUCUGCCUAAAGUGGCUGGCGAGGAUGUAGCAAUACCGUAUAAAACAUGGACCUCGGGAGGCGAACCAACUGAAAAGGUCCGCGUUAUCCCGAAAGGCUCCCAUGUGGUUAUCGAUUCUCCAGCAUCCCAAAGAAAUCCAUAUUACUGGAAAGAUGCCAUGGAGUUCAGACCUACUCGCCACAUGACCGGACAAACAAUCAAAUCUGAGAACUUCACAGGCUUUUCUAGAGGGGAGAGAAAGUGUAUCGGGAAGAGAUUUGCCGAAGUUGAAAUGGUCUGUUUUCUGUCCCACUUAGUCAAAACAUUUACAUGGACUGCAGUCCCUUUAAAUGGAGAGACUGAGGAACAGUUAAAGGAGAGGAUAUUAGAUGGCACAGAAGCGCUGAGUUUGAGACCAGGGUCCUUUAGUUUAAGACUUGAGAAGCGGCUCUAG